AUGGCAACUCUCACGCACCGACGCAUUCCAGGCCGUGUACGAGACAUGCCCUCUGACUUCCCACAGGUUCCUGUUCAGGACAACGAAACCUCUUUAGACGGUCCCCGGGAAGCUAAAGCUUUCCUCUACAAGUUUAGCCAGGCUGUAGAAGAAUCUGAUUGGAAAUCGUUCGAAGGCUUGUUCGCAGAGCAAUGUUGGUGGAAAGAUCAUCUCACCCUUACCUUUGAUAAGCGGACGAUUCAAGGUCGGCAAGGCAUCUCCUCGGCCUGGCAGUCUCUAGCACCGCAACGUAAGCCGCGCGGAUUCAGUAUUGCCGGCCCAGGGAUAGAAAUGGUUGAGACGCCGCCGGCAUUUGUAAGGAUGACACCCCAGAUGGCGACGCUGGACAUUCCGUUCGCGUUUUCUGUUUCCAGGCCGGACUGUGCAUGUGUCGGUAUUGCUAAGGCAAUACCAAGUGCUUCGAGCUGGAAGAUAUGGGUUCUAACAACCUCCGUCGUCUCUUUAAAGGAGUAUCCCUUCCAACCGUUGCCGCGAGCGGUGACCUCAAACGAUUUGAUUUCUCCAGAGCAGAGAGGCAAAGCUACACCGCAGGGACUCCCGCAUUUCCAGGAGGCUUUAGACGCCGUUGUCAUUGGGGGUGGGUGCAGCGGUCUCAGCAACCUCAUUAUGCUGGACUCGAUUGGAGCCAACGUUGCCUGUUUUGAUUUGGGAUCCCCUGGCGAAGCCUGGCUCCAGCGGUACAGAUCCGUCAGGCUCCACCACCCCAACUUCAUGAUCCAGCUUCCCAAGUAUCCCGUACCGGCGGAUAUUGCCUCUACGCACCUCAACGGUGCCGAGCUGGCCCAAUAUAUGUCUAGGGCGGUUCAAGACCUUAAACUGCCUCUUUUCGCGGGUGUGAAAGUUACAAGCAACGUCUUCGACCAAGAGCGGCGACUGUGGACUGUCAGCUUAGAAGAAGUUCAAAGCGGGCAAACGAGUACGGUGCAAACUCGUAAUAUCAUUAUUUCACACGGGUUUUAUUUUAACGAGGACUGCCCCGUCAUACCAGAAGGACUGAAAGACCGCGGGAAGUUCUCUGGUCCAGUACAGCAUACUACACAGUUCUCUACGACAGACCUUUAUGAAGGAAAGAGAACAGUAAUAGUAGGAUCGGGAAAUUCGGCACACGACAUCGCUAAAUUUCUUGGCGACAACGCUGCCGUCCAGUCCGUCACAAUGCUUCAGCGCAGUCCGACCGCAGUAUUCGAUUUUGACACCUUUCACCCCUUUAUCACAGCCCUGUACCAAGGCAAUAUCCCUGUCGAUACAGCCGACUUCCUCUUCUCGCAAUUGCCACUCGGUAUUUUGCGAGAUUGGAUGGGUGGAGCGAUUGCCGAACUGGUAAAGUCAAGUGAAAAGCUGUACAGUAAGCUCGAGGCAAAAGGCUAUCUGAUCGACCGAAAGCCCAACUUCAUCCAACGUGUUUACGAGGAUCGCGUAAGGUCUAUAUACUUUGAUGCGGCUGGCGCGUUCGAUUUAGUCUUACGCGAUCGGAUCAAGAUCGCGCACGGCACGGUAGUCGGAUUCACUGAAAACGGACUGAUCGUCAAGGACGCCGAGACCGAAGCUGAACGAAUCCUCGAAGCCGAUGGAGUGGUCUUGGCAACAGGCUAUGCCAAAACGGACCUCCCGAAACAAUGGGCGAAGAGCGGAUUUCUGGACGCGGAAUCUGCAUUACAAAUCGAGAACAUGGGCAUGCCAGCCGUAGACGUCGAAGGAGAGAUGAUUGGACAGGUGACACGAUCAGGACAUCCUCAGCUUUACUUUUCGGGCUAUAUAUUCUCCGCAGCGCGUUCGUUUAGUCGAUUUGUUGCCAUCCAGAUAAUGGCCGAUAUCAACGGUCAGGCCCCUGAACACGGCCUGCCAUGA